UCAGAAGAAAUCGCCAGAGCGAGCAGACUGAUGGCUCCCGUCGUCCAGCGUCGGCUGUAUUAGAAACUGUUUUAAUUUUACUGCAGAUUUAGUGGAGUGGUGCUAUGUCUUCGGGAAUGACUGGACAAACACCGUGCCUAUCCAGCCGAUGGGAUAAGCCAGCCCCAUCUAAACAGAGUGUAGAUGUAAAGCAGCAGAGGAGUAGUGAAAAUGCUGCCCAGUCUGUUUCAUUAUCAGGAAGCGUCAACACUGCUGGUUCAAACAGCACAGUCUCCCAGCCACCACAAACAGGAGAAAAGCCAGCACCUCAGGGAGGAGUUGAAAUGGCUGCGGCCAUGGCUGCUAAAAUAAAUGCCAUGUUAAUGGCAAAAGGAAAGCUAUUGACUCCUCCACCAUUACUUGCAAAGACCCCUCCAAGCGUGCCUGUGCCAGCCACUACAGAAGAAAUGGUAGUAACAGAGGUCGACAUAAACGAUGUACCGCUUAAUUGCAGGGACCUUCUUACUAAAGGCAAAACACAGGAGGAAAUCCGACAGUUUAGUGGAGCAGUCGUCUCAACGAAAGGUCAUUACAUGUCUGAUGCUGAAAAGGGAAAAGCAGGACAAAGACCUUUAUAUUUGCAUGUCCAGGGAAAGAACCAAGAGCAGGUCAAUAAGGCUGUGCAGAGGAUAAAGGAGAUCAUCUCCGAGGACGUGUUGAGGGCCUCAGCAGCAUCAGGAGGACAACAGGUGCCUGUAAUGCCACCGCUCACACUCUACCCUCAGCCUCCUCGCCCCGUUGUCACCCCACCUGUGCCACGGAUGCCCACCACCAACUCAGUGCCAGGACAUCGGCCGGCAGCUCCUCAUUCAGGGAGUUUUGUGCACACAAAGAUUUUUGUGGGUCUGGACCACGUGUUGCCCUCGUUCAACGUGAACGAAAAGGUCGAGGGUCCAGGAGGUUCGUACUUGAGUCACAUCCAGUCAGAGACAGGGGCUCGAGUCUUUCUCAGGGGAAAAGGUUCUGGCUACAUUGAACAAGCAUCAAAACGAGAGUCCUUUGAGCCUCUUUACGUCUACAUCAGCCACCCAAAUGCAACUGGUUUGGAGUCGGCGAAGAAACUCACUGAGAGUCUGCUGGAAACUGUGAGAGCUGAAAGUACCCGUAUGAUGUCGAUGUACACAGCCACAGGCUCAACACAACCAUACCCAGCACAUGGAUUUCCACCUAAUAGCAAUUACUCUAGCCAGGGGUCCUGGUAUAACUACCCAGCAAAUGGGUAUGCUGGCGGCUAUCCAGCGUACUCAGGAGCCAGUGGUUAUUGGAGUAAUGCAAAUGGUCCCCCAAGUCAUUCUAACAUGUCGACAAACCCUCCAUCUUCUCAGGCAAUGGUUCAGUAUCCGGUGUGUCCUAGGAAACCGCAUCCCUAUCUCGUCCAGGAACCUGGUAGCAGUGAGACAGUGGAGCCUGAAGGAUCUUUAAACACCCCCGCUGACCCAGGAAGUCCCAAACGUCAUUUCCAGGAGGGGGCUAAAGAAGAAGAGCCCACCAACAGAUCUCCAGAGCCUGCUGCUCAUGAAGAAGCUGCACCUCCUGCCUCCAGUGUUGGAGAAGAAAAAGUUGUAGAAAGGAUUCUGAUGCCUCCACCACCACCUGUCUUUGUGGUUCCUGCCCCUGUUGCACGCAAAAGGCCGAGAGACAUGGAACCAGAAGAUCCAGUCAGUGUGCCUGGCAGCGCCGCGUCGAUGGGUGUUGAAGGGGAGGUGUGCGAGAAGAAGUCUAAAGUGGACGAAGAUGCAUCGGGGCUAGUGCCCUACGGAGGAGACUCCUCCGAUGAAGAAGAGGAGAGGACACGCAGCAGUAAGACAGAUAACUCAUAACCCCUGCCCUGCCCCAUCCCCACUGUCCAGGACACCCUCAGACCCAAAGUCUGCAUUCACAAUAUUGACACGUUUCUCAAACUCCAUCAAAGGAAAAAUCCACCCUCGCAUUUUCAUACACUGUUUUAGGACCAUACCAGUGUUUUGCCACGUGUUACUCCAUUUACUACAAAAGAUUUAUCUGCUAUUGCUGACCAUUUUCUGUGCAACCCCCCCUUUCCAUUCAAGCAGUCAUGGUUUUCCAUUCAUCUCUGUCUACUUAGACACUCGAAAUUUGUGGUUCCACUUUAUGUACUGACAUCCAUUUGAGGACUUAAAAGACAGCUGACACUGUCGAUUUGACAAUCUUAAUAUAGCAGUAAUGUAAAGAACAGAUGAUUUGUAGUAAACGGGCUGAACUUAUAAAAAAAAAACCUGGUAUGGUCUUUGAAUUAUCACCAGUUUCUGAUGUUUGUUGCUUUACUGGACUCUUAAAGAGGUUUUUAUUUUCUCGUCCUGGCUUAGGUUUGUUUGUGUAUUGUUGAGUUAUUUAAUUUUUCUUCCAGAAUACCUACCUGUCACCCAUCACACAGUGGGUGUUAACAUGUUGGGCUUAUUUUAAUUUAUGCCCACCUAUAUAGCAGCUGUAAAUAUAGAAAUAUAGACGGCCCGCCAACUACUUCAUUGUCGUUGCAUGUUUGUAGCCACAUAACUUAAAAUGGAGCACAUCUUGUGGCUUCAUGCUCAUUGGGGCAUUUUGAGGGUAUGGUUUCAGAACAUACAAGUCUUUCCUCCCUUGUGUUAUUGCUGUUUUCAUAGAAGCCUUUCUUUCUUUACUCUAAGGCUCUGUCUGCACGUAUAUGGAUCAUUUUUAAAAUGGAUAUUUUCCCCUCUCCAUUUAAAAAAAACUGUCCACACAAUCUCUGUUUUAUAAAAUAACUUUGCACACACUAGAAUGCAAAAACAACUCCAGACGUUCACUGCUGUUGGCUGUCUCACACA